CAUGUGUGCAACCCUUUAAAAAAAACAUCCCGGCUGGCUUACUCAGCAGAUUAUAAAAGAGUGAUUUACAAAAUGCGGCUUUCUUCCAGCUCAGCCCGUGCCGUUGUACUUAUGUGACUGAAGGUCUCAGCUGAUUCCUUCUUUUCUUGUGCAGCCAAGAGGUUUGCAGCAGCAGCAGCAGCCACGGCCAGUACAAUACUUAAGAAGGUUCCGAAAAAGAUGACAUCCCUCUUGGAGCUGAAAGAGAUCUUCCGCAGUGCCGAUGCAGUGUGCUUCGAUGUGGACAGUACCGUCAUCCGGGAAGAAGGCAUCGACGAGCUGGCAAAGUUCUGUGGAGUCGGAGACGCCGUCGCAGAGAUGACCCGCAGAGCUAUGGGUGGCACCGUGACAUUCAAAGCGGCUUUAACGGCACGACUAGGUCUCAUACGGCCGUCCUAUGAGCAGGUGCAGAAACUAAUAUCUGACAACCCACCUCAGCUAACUCCAGGAAUAAGGGAGCUGGUCAGCAGGCUUCAGCAACGAGGGGUCCAGGUCUUCUUGGUCUCUGGAGGGUUUCAGAGCAUCGUGGAGCACGUGGCCUUGCAGCUGAACAUUCCAACGGCAAACGUCUUCGCCAACAGGCUGAAGUUUUAUUUUAAUGGAGAAUACGCAGGAUUCGAUGAAACACAACCAACAGCUGAAUCGGGGGGGAAAGGAAAGGUGAUUACUCAUCUGAAGGAACAGUUCCACUUCAAGAAAGUAGUUAUGAUUGGAGAUGGAGCCACAGACAUGGAAGCCUGUCCCCCUGCUGAUUGCUUCAUUGGAUUUGGAGGCAACGUAAUCAGAAAGCAAGUGAAGGAGAAAGCAAAAUGGUACAUUACUCACUUUGACGAACUGCUAAAGGAACUGGAAGAACGAUAAAUUAUACAGUAAAUAAUAUAUUUAACAGCUAUAAAUCCAUUAUACAAUGCAAUUAAAAUAUAUUUGUUAGCAAA